CCACCACUUCAACGACUUCAACGACAGUGCGACUGUCGACCUCAGACACUUGCAUGAUACCUCCCAAUGCACACCGGCCUUCCAUGCUGACAUAUCAUGGCAUUCAUGACUGCCCCUGAUGCCCUCCCGUCAGAUCCAUCUCCCCACCGAAAUCGUGGUGGAGAUUAUCUCCUUCGCCGCUGCAGAUGAUGCCCGCCGCCAGCCCACCCUCCACGCCUGUUGCCUCGUCUCGCGCCAAUGGUACUCAGUAGCGAUUCCCUAUCUCUAUGAGAAGCCGCGGGUGAGCGCCGGAAUGGCUUUCAAGAGUUUUACCGAUACAAUCAGCCCGCCAAUCGGGGCACGAAAGAACAAGAUACACUUGGGCAGUCUAGUUCGCAGACUGGACCUCAGUGGCCUUGUUUAUCAUAGCUCCAACAGUUUAACGGCACGACUAUUAGGCCGGGUGAAGGAGAAUUUGGAAGUAUUUCAUGCUCCGCGAGUUUCCUUUGCUAUCAACAGCCUUCCAGCUCUCUCCAAGUGCACCAAGCUCAAACACCUCGACCUUUCCCUAGUGGGCGAGCCGAUACCCUUUCCCAACCUCAAGAAAGCUCUCAGCAACCUCUCCCGACUGACCACCCUUCGUCUUCCCCGCACGACAACCCUCACCAACCAUAACGACUCCGCAGCAACAAUAGACUGGCCCCCUAAGCUCCAUCGCCUGCAGUUCAGCGGCCAAUUUCGCUCCCUUGUCAUCUCCAACUUCUCCUGGCCCCGCACAUUGACCUCCCUGACCCUAAAGAACUGCAUAGACCUCUCCGUCUCCAACCUUGGCAGCCUCAUGAGCAACCCCCAACUUGCCACCCUGAAACGCUUCACCAUUUCCGGUUCAAAUCGUGGUCUUCAGCCCGAAGCUAUCAACGCUAUUUCCGUCUUUCUUCCCGAAUUAUCCUCCCUCAGUAUUCCCGGUGACUUGGUCAACGAUUCUUUCUUCGAUAUCAUGAGCCAUAUGCACCCGCCGCUACCGCUUGAGGCGCUCGAGUUUGGAUUUCCAAGCCUAGAUGCGAGUUUGAGCUUCAGCACAAGCUCGCUAAUCACAGCAAUGGAGUACGGACUAGCAAAUCUUCGCUCGGUUGGCUUCCACGAAGUGUUCUGCACAAAUAAGCGGAUCAUGGAAGACGAGGAAAUCGAUGAGCUGCUAUAUAAUCGGUUUGUGAAGGCGAACCAGUCACAGUCAGACACCCUCCAUAACGGAGUAGAGAAGAGUGAGUACUCGGAUUUAACGGUUGGAGUUUAUUAUAUUUGAACGGCCCUAUAUUAUGCAUUGCAUAAACCAGCUAGUAUAGACAGACACAUGUUGAUUGUUAUUAAGCUUUUCAUUUCUGCUUUACUGCUGAUAGAAUCGCCUGGCCCUUUUUGCUCAUGCCGCCCGUCUCUAGUAUUUAUUCUCGGUUCAUCUACAAUAUAACUAGAGACGUCUAUUUAUCCACACAA